AUGAAGUACAUUCAUUCCAACGAGACUUUGACCGUACCGGAAGGGGUCAAGGUCACCAUCAAGUCGAGAAAGGUCACCGUUGAGGGCCCAAGAGGUACGGAACGAAUUGGAGAAGGGUUGGAAGAGUGGUGGACUGACGACUGGAUAGGCACGCUCACAAAGGAUCUCAGUCAUUUGGCUGUCAACUUCUCCCACCCAAAGAAGGAAAUCAUCAACAUCGAGUUGCACCACGGUGCUCGCAAGAAUGUCGCUACCCUCCGCACAGUCCGAACUUUGAUCAACAACUUGAUCAUUGGUGUCACAAAGGGAUUCAAGUACAAGAUGCGAUAUGUCUACGCCCAUUUCCCAAUCAACGUAAACGUCGAGAAGAACAGUGAGACCGGUCUGUACGAGGUCGAGAUCCGAAAUUUCAUUGGUGAGAAGAUCGUCCGAAGAGUCGUCAUGCACGAGGGUGUCGAGGUUGAGCCAUCAAAGAACCAGAAGGAUGAAUUACAAUUGUUCGGCAACUCCCUCGAGAACGUGUCACAGAGUGCGGCAGAUAUCCAGCAAAUUUGCAGAGUACGAAACAAGGAUAUUCGAAAGUUCUUGGAUGGUCUGUACGUUUCGGAGAAGGGUAACAUGGUCGAGGAAUAA